AAUACUACAACAAAAGAUGUGGUUCACCCAUUUAGCAGAAUUGGAGCAAUCGUAUCAGCUGUAUUCCUAAUACCAAUGGCAGUUUUUGGGAUAAUUGCAAACCUCGUCACCAUAAUCGUAAUCACAAAGUCAAAGAAACUUUCACGUUCCGUGUUCAAUCGUCUGAUCGUCAGUCUCUGCGUUUCUGAUUUAUUCUCUGCAAUCAUCAGUCCUCUAUCUCUGCAUCGCCGAACAUCUGGAUACGACAACUGGAUUCUCCCUGAAUUCUUCUGCAAAGUAUUUUGGUCUGUAGAUAAUUGGACAUCUUUUGUUACCUCCCUGCAUAUACUAAUAUUUGCUGGCAUUCGGAUGGCAUCCAUAAAAUCUUCAACGUAUUAUCAAAAAAUUACAAUCAAACACGUUAAGAUUAUGGUGACUGUUAUUUGGCUUAGUACUUUUGGAAGUGGAUUUAUUCCCUUGUGGCUUUGGUUUGGAGUGAAAUAUCCUGAUCGACCAGCUAACGCACACGGUACGAAUUGGCCAGACUGUACACUGCAUUUUGUCAAUAUUGGCGAAUUCAAGUUAUACGUCAAAAUAGCGUUCACAGUGUUUUAUUAUAUUCCUAUGGUGGCAAUUUCUAUUCUAUCUCCGGCUAUUGCAAUAUUCAUUAUAAGGAAAAGGAGACAAAGAGCCCAAAGAAGGAACCCUCAAGGUACAAUACCAAAUUCAAGAAGAAACGCUAGCGAAUAUGAGAGAAAAAAACGCCGAAAGGAAAACAGUGCGAUUAUUCAGCUUGGUGUAAUUGUGGGUUCUUUCAUGCUUGGUUAUAUACCCAACUCAGUUUACUCAUUAUACGCGACUGCUGCACCACAAUCAACACUGCAAGAACAAAUCUUCCAUUGGCAUUUUGGGUCUGUUUCUUAUAUUUUACUUCGAUUAUCGGAAUGUCUCAACCCAAUAUUUUACAAUGUUGCAUCCAGUAAAAUGAGAAAGGAAACAAUAUUGUUCCUGAAGACGUUGAUGAUAUGCUGUUUACCAAGAUGUUGCAAACCAAUAACGAUAGAUACGGUUGGCAUAACAACAAACUCAUCUACAUCAAACGCAUCAAGGAACAGAACCCGAGAUAUUGAACUAUAA